AUGACGCUUUUUUAUCAAGGAUCCCUUCAGGAGGGUAUUGCUCUCGCAGUAAGAGAUGCUAAGGCGGUUACCUGUUUUGUCCGAGAUGACUCGGAGUUGAGCUCUUCAUGGGAGGAUAGCUACUUUACUGAAGAGGAGGUUGUGGAAGCACUCAAUGCUAAAGCCGUUGUGUUGCGCUUGACGGCAGGCUCACAGGAAGCUGGCUUCCUGGCCUCUUUUUGUCCGGUCUCGAAGUUUCCGACAGUGGUACUCAUUAAGAACGGCACGCUGAAGGAAUAUAUUGGGCCAGACGUCUCGAAGGAGGACUUCUGCAGUAGAUUGCUUGUGGCUCUGGGAGAUGAAAGUGCGCCAACCCCUGCGCCGAAAUCACAGGUCAAUGCUGCUCCUGCAAGUUCAGCUAGUCCUUCACCUACGCCAGCGACUCCUCGGCCCCAGGCUCAAGUGCCACCUAGUGAUAGUCCUGCACGGUCUGCACCUAAACAGGGCAGUGAAGCUGCCAUAAAGAAGCGAAUGAUGACCACAAUGCUUCUUAAGAAAGAUGCAUCACCCGCAAGUUCUGCUUCCCAGAGCAGCCAGCCGGCAAAAGAUAUCAAGGAACAAGUCAAACCCCAGUAUAAGAAAGAUAAAGGCAAAGCGCCGGCAUCCCAAAGGCCUACCGACAAUGGUGCCGAGAAGAGCGCAGCUCCCAGCGAGCCCUCAGAACUGAAACCCGCAAUUCCUCGUGGACCCCCAGCGCAAUACCGGCUACAAGUACGCCUUUUUGACGGGAGCUCCGUGCGGUCUAGCUUCAAACCCACUCAGAGCAUUCGAAACGAUGUGCGACCCUGGCUUGACCAACAGAUGGAAGGAGACAACCGACCCUACAACCUCAAGCACAUCCUAAACCCCCUCCCCAGCGAAACGCUCUCCGUCACACAGGAGUCGCAGACUCUUCAGAACUUAGGUAUUGGUUCUACGGCAAAUCUAGUCAUGGUCCCAGUGUCCACAUACACGGAGGCCUAUUCGGCAGCUGGUAGUUUACCAGUCCGUGGCAUCUCCGCCGUUUACAAUCUUGCCUCCUCUGCUGCAAGCACUGCAACGGGACUUGUAGGCUCGUUCCUUGGAUAUGGCUCAUCCGCACCAGCCAACGACGCAGGCCCCUCUACAUCCUCCUCUCCGGCUCCUGGUAGCAAUUCGCGUACCAGGAAUCCGGGGCCUAACAUUCGGACUUUGCGAGACCAGCAGAAUGAGCGUGGUGAUAGCCAGCUCUAUAAUGGGAACCAGUUGAACUUCGAGCCGCGGAAUAACCAAGAUGGGAAGGAUAAAUGA